UAAAAAGAUCACCCGCGCGCCGUCCCCAGGACCCCAGAUCGCCUUCGUGUGGACUGCAAGCCGGCGUCCGGCGACGGGUACGAGGCUGACGCGCGAAGCGAGCAAGCCGACCUUGCUCCUCUGCCGCCGCGGCGAAAUGCGGACGGCGGCCUUGCUCUUCGUUUAGCCGCGACUCCUCAUCAGAUAUCAUUUUGCUCGUGCCAGCUGAAGGCGGUUCACCUAGGAAUGCAGAAUCAUGUUGUGUAGCAAUAAAGGGCCAUCUAGAUUCAACAGAUCAUUUCUCUUUCGUCUGAAUCAUCCUUGUUGUGCUUUGAUGAGGGCGUGGGGCUUAUGUCAUAUUUGACCGUAGCUUGGUGAUGGUGGUUAGUUUUUCUCUCAGUGUCACCAGCAAAUUGUAGGAGGGUGUGGAUUUUGUGCAGGUGCUUGCAUAAUGGAAGAGAGGAGCGUCUUAAUGGGACGAUAUGAAAUUGGGAGAUUGUUAGGACAAGGGACCUUUGCAAAAGUAUAUUAUGCCCGCAAUCUUACUACUGGUCAGACUGUUGCCAUAAAAGUUAUAGACAAGGACAAGAUUGUGAAGACUGGUCUCAUGGAUCAGAUAAAGAGGGAGAUCUCGAUAAUGAGAUUGGUUAGGCAUCCAAACAUUCUGCAGCUUUUUGAGGUCAUGGCCACCAAGAACAAGAUCUAUUUUGUUCUCGAGUAUGCUAAAGGUGGUGAGCUUUUCAACAAAAUAGCAAAGGGGAAGCUCACCGAGGAGGCUGCAAGGAAGUAUUUUCAACAGUUGAUAGGUGCUGUGGACUACUGCCACAGCCGAGGUGUUUAUCAUCGUGACUUGAAGCCUGAGAACCUGCUACUGGAUGAGAAUGAAACCCUCAAGGUAUCCGAUUUUGGUUUAAGUGCCUUAGCUGAGUCGAAGAGACAAGAUGGCCUGCUCCACACUGCAUGUGGUACUCCAGCUUAUGUUGCUCCUGAAGUGCUCAGCAGGAAAGGUUACAACGGCGCACAGGCAGAUGUCUGGUCUUGUGGUGUGAUUCUGUUUGUGCUUGCGGCCAGUUAUCUCCCAUUCCAUGAAAGAAAUCUCAUAGAGAUGUAUAAGAAAAUUUCAAAAGCUCAGUACAGAUGCCCUCGUUCUUUUUCUGCAGAACUGAAGGAGCUCCUUUAUGGAAUCCUUAAUCCAGAUCCUAAUACAAGGAUGCCCAUCUCAAGAAUAAAGAGAAGUGCUUGGUACAGGAAACCCCUUGGGCUGGCAGCGCUGAAAACUGAAAUAGUCAACAAGACUUGCACAGAAGCUGCCACCUCUGGCUUGACCGACUGCAUUGGUUCUGCAAGGAAUCAAGGAUCAUUGACGCUAGUGAACUUGAAUGCAUUCGACAUCAUUUCCUUAUCCACAGGAUUUAAUCUCUCCCGUCUGUUUGAUGAAAAUUACAGCCAAAGGGAGUCACGAUUUACUUCCAACCAGUCAGCAGAAGCUAUCUUUGAGAAGCUGAAGGAGUUGGCCAGGUGUUUGAAGCUCAAAGUUGCAGAGAAGGACGAUGGCGUGUUGAAAUUGGCCAAAAGCAAGGAAGGAAGAAAGGGUAUUCUUGAGCUCGAUGCGGCGAUAUUCGAGAUUGCUCCUUCUUUUGUAUUAGUCGAGUUGAAGAAGACCAAUGGUGACACAUUGGAGUACCAGAAGCUGAUGACAGAUGUCAUUAGGCCAUCACUUGAGGAUAUUGUGUGGGCAUGACAGGAUAAUCAGCAGCAGUCAUGUAUACUUAAAGACAUGCAGGGCAGCGGCAACUGCAACCAUUUCCUCAACAGCAGGAAUAGACUCAGUACGUUCUCACCAUUGCCACCAUGAUCAUAUAAAAGGGCGAUAGCCAAGUUUGCUACUGUGUCUUGACAAAUUAAUAUGCUUUUUUAGACAAGUAUUAACCACAAAACUUUCAUAGGUUUGCGCUGUUAUGUAAAUGCAGGCCCUACAGUUACCCAUUUUUCUUUAUCCAUUUUCUUUAACAUUGUAAAGCCUGCCUGCCGCAUGAAAAGAAGUGCUGUCUGGUGUUUUCAGAUA